UGUGCUCGUUUCUAUACCUCGCUCCGUCAGACUCAGUGCAGUAGCAGCCUCUACCAGGCAUGGCUAAGGGCUCCAUCUCAUCAUGGCUGUACAACACUACAUUCUCGACUUCAAACUCACUGCAGCAGCUGAUGGACGUAUCAUCCUUAAAGAGCUCCUACCCAUUUUUCAAGGAAGAGAAAUGACAGAGACCAUCCAUGAUUUGGCAGAUCAUGGUUUCUUAGCAACGUACACUGAUAAGCAUGGCAGUGUUGCCAGUUUGAGGAUACACCCUCAUGGAUUAGUAACACUGGAUUUCCAGAGCUGUGGGGAGAAUGACUGCGAACAAAUUGCACUAGAUCAUCUACUAGACAAGGUGGAAGGUAAAAUGAAAGACCUGUUUAAAGACUGCAUUGAACGUAUAAAAAGGUUGCCAGCAAUUCUGCGUGGAGGAACCAUAGACAGAUACUGGCCUACUGCCGAUCACCGUUUAGUAGAAUAUGAUAUUGAUGAAGUUGUCUACAGCGUAGAUUCGCCUUACCAGAAUAUCAAGAUUCUGCAUUCAAUGCAGUUUGGAAAUAUUCUUAUCCUCAAUGGGGAUGUUAAUUUAGCAGAAAGUGACUUGCCAUAUACACAAGCCAUAAUGGGUAGUGGCAAAGAAGACUACACUGGGAAAGAAGUCCUUAUUUUAGGAGGUGGCGAUGGAGGAAUUUUGUAUGAAUUAGUCCAAUUGAAACCAAAGAUGGUCACUAUGGUAGAAAUUGACCAAAUGGUAAUUGACGGGUGUCAAAAGCACAUGCGCAAAACCUGCGGAGAUGUCUUGGACAAUCUUAAGGGUGAUUGUUAUCAGAUUUUAGUAGAAGAUUGUGUUCCACUGUUGAAGAGGUAUGCGGAAGAAGGCAGAACAUUUGACUACGUUAUAAAUGACCUCACAGCAGUUCCAAUUUCUACUUCUCCUGAAGAAGAUUCUACUUGGGAUUUUCUGCGAUUAAUUUUAGAUCUUUCUAUGAAGGUCCUCAAACCUGCAGGAAAAUACUUCACGCAGGGAAACUGUGUAAACUUGACUGAAGCAUUGGCACUGUAUGAAGAGCAGCUUGGCAGGCUUUACUGCCCUGUGGACUUUUCAAAGGAGAUUGUGUGUGUUCCUUCCUACAUGGAACUAUGGGUAUUUUACACUGUGUGGAAGAAGUAACCACGUUACUGAAGAGCAUCGCAUUUCAAAAACGUACAUGGCACAUGAGGCUUUCUGGCUUACGUGUGCUUCCAAGACCCCCCUUUAAUGCUGUAGCUGAUCUGUAAAAAGUAAUGCUGCUUAGUGUGAACAUGUUAAGGGGAUCUUUUUUUCUGUUUUGUUUGCUUAAUGAAGCAAAUACAUAUUUUGAGGAGCUUGGAUGCUUUUAGUUUUUAACAGAAAAAAAUCAGUAACCACCAAUAUGCGGUGUUAUAGAAAGCUGCUGAAAUGCACUGAUAACUUUAAAAUGUGAUCCUUUUUAAGAUUUCCUUUUAUAGAUUUACACAAACUGACUGGCAGCAGAUUCAUUUUUAUAUGUGUGUUUCCUAAAAUUUGCAGUUUUGUUUAAAUUUUAAUGUUAUUUUAUUUAUGAUCUGCAUUGAUUUUAAAGUUAGAGUAUUUGAAGUGAGCAAACCUAGUGCUUCCAUUUCAGAAAACUAUUGCAGUACUGUGCUUUCUUGAGCUUCCCUCCUUUAUAAAGGGAAGUGGUGUACCUUGUGUUCCCUUUCACUUGAAUCAUGCUGAAUUUUUUUCUUUGUUGCCUUGUUUGUUACUGGCACAAAUCAUACUAAUGUCUGCUCCACAGAUGUAAUCAUUUAGUUUGCAAAAAAAUGGCACGUUUUCCGGGCUCCUUCAUCUUUUGGAGCAAAAUUAAAAGGCUUAUGAUGAUUAUUGCAGUAUUUUGUUCCACAGAUGCAUUACAGAAUUUGUGUGUAUUGCCAUUAAGUUGUGUGCUUUAUUUUGGGAAUAAAGCAGUUAUUGUUUAAUUACA